GGACAAAUUGUUGACAACAAUCCACCCACAUCACCUAAUCGAUUCCUAACAUGAUCAGAAACUAAUGAGAGUGGUGGUGGUGUGGCGACGAUCCGUGGACGAGGUUAUCGAUCGAUAAGGUAAAGACGACAAAGAGCUGGAUGGGAUUCGUUUAACAAGGGUGGACUAGCAGUUAAUAUUAGUGGUGAAUUAGUAUUAACGCAUCAUUCGUGAACAUUUUCGAUAACCAGACACAAAUUGUUAUUUUGUAUUAUAAAGUGCUUGACAACUUACAUCGGAUAAACUUUAAGUCUCGAACAUAGCUUAUCUUGGACUUGUCGUAAAGUUGUGGAAAAUCAAGACAAGUUUCAAGACGUGUGUUAAAACAGUUUGCAUUACAUAGGACAAGAGUGCAAUUUAGUUGGAAAUUUUAAUAUUUGUGAUUAAAAGACUAUUUACAAUUCAGUGUGGUCUGACUGGAGAGAAAAUUUAUGCAAAAAUUGCAGUUAUUUAACUUGAACUGUGCCGGAGAUAACGUCAACAAAGUGGAUGCACGAACCUAUUAAUUUAAUGUGGUUUAUUAAACACAAUUGAGUUUAAUUGAUAGUCUGGACAUGUCAGUUAUUUAGUUCUUUGCUCGUUUGGUUAAUUAAAUCUUAAAUGAAUGGACUCAUUCGAGCUGAGGAGUUGUUCGUUGAGGAGGACGAAUACUAAGAAAUAUGGUAACGGGUGCUUAUCAUGUGUCUCAAAAGGUGGACACGCCACCAUUUUUCUGCUCUCAAGGUCUGGAGGGAUUUGACUCCUUUACCUCCAAGGUCGACGACGCCGGGUAACGAAUAUAACGCCAGGUGAAAUAAGAUAGAAAGAAGAUUGUCGCCACCAUGCUUCUUAUGAUGUCUCUUCUGGGUUCUUCGGACUCGUCUUCCUCGCCCAGUGAAGACUUGCUGUCAUCCUACGCUGGGGACAUGUACAAUCCAGAGUCGCUCACCCAAGUCCAGAACACCGGGCCAGAGUUGGAUUCUUUGAACUUUGACAAUAUGACGUCGAUCGAUGAUGUCGUGGAGAAGUUAAUGGACAGCGAUCUUCUCACCUUUUUCUUCUCGUUGUUUUGCUCCAUCGUGUGGGUGGUUUACAUCACAUUUUACAGUUCCAGAAUCACAGGACUUUUAGUGACGAAGGUGGUAAAUCGUGUCUUUAAGGAUGGCUACAUCAAGAUUGGAUCGCUCUCAUUCUCUGUCCUCUCGGGAAAAAUCAUGUUUCGUGACGUGUGCUACAUCACAGAAGACUGCAGUUAUAGAGUUCAAGAUGGAUGGGUUAUUUUUCGGUGGUGGAGGACAUAUGUCCCAAAAGACAUAUCUGAAGACAUGUCACAUUCUGAUACACGACUCUCCAUCCUGCUCAACGGGUUUGAAUAUCAUCUUUACAACCGAUCCGAGCUAUAUUCCAGAUUAGAAAAACUCUUUGGAUUGGAUGCACUAAUAAUUUCUGGAGGGGGGAAAGAUCCCGAUAAAGAAAAGGAUAGUGAUAACAGUGGGAAAUCUCCUCCUAAGCCACCUUCCGCUGUUGGAUACUCUUGGAGAGAUUUAAUUCCUGUGAUUAAAUUAGAAUUAAGUUGUGGCCGGGUUGUUUUUGGCAAUAUGCUAGUUCCAUAUACGUUGGCUCUUGUCGUAGAAGAAGCUCAUUUAAUCUAUACUACAAAACCAGCAGCGUCAAAGCUGGACCAUUUUAUGCAUAUAGUCAAGUGCAAGUCUGAGAAUUUUAAAGUUUUACUAAGUCAAAGUCCGAAAUAUACGGGCUUGAAGGAUGAUCCUCCUCGCUUGAUGGGAGAAGGAUUUGGAAUUGUUACUGCGAACAAAGUUGAAUUUUAUUAUUAUAUGGACGAACCUGGUGUAGUUCCAAAUGAACCAGAAAUGCUUCAGUUAGCUAAUGGCGACCUUGUAGAAGCUAAUCCACCAAUUUGGGGCAUUGAUAUUAAGUGUGGAAAAGGAACCGAUUUUAGUUACGGACCUUGGGCGGACAGACAACGUGAUCAACUCUACAAACUAUUUUACCCUCAAUCCUAUGAGCCUUUGCAACGAACUAGUCCCCCAUGUGCGGGAGAGCUUCGUCAGAUUCAGUCCUUCGAUAUAAGACUUUCAACGCUUAACGAUGCCACUAUUGAUAUUCUAUUUUCAAGAGAUCAGGAAACAAAUGCAAUACAUAUGAAUGUUGCGCCAGGGUCAUACCUAGAAAUUACUAUUCCUUAUAUUGUUCAUUCUAAUGGAUACUCUACUAAAAUCAUGGGACAACUUCUACACGUGGAAGCAUCCACUAGUCUACAAUUCCGGAAUCUUAUUGAAAGUGAAACAUUCCAAUUCAAUAUUGAGUGCAAUUAUCCUUUGCAUUGGAACGACCAUCAAGAUUGGAUAAUGAAUUUAACUGGGUGCAAAGCUUCUGCAUAUCUCAUUUUUGCUCACAAGUGGUUUUUCCAAGCUAUGGUCAAUGAUUGGUCUAGUCGGACACCUCCAGAUCUCCUUGGCUUCGUUCCGUACACGUGGAAGAUCAACUUUAUCCUGAAAGAGUUUGAGAUUAUCACAGUCACCAAUGAAUACAAUUGGGUUGACUGUUCUUCUCAGCAUCAUGAAAACAGUCUGCUAGCAGCAUGUGGAGAACUCUUCGAACUCUCUUUUGAUCUCCCGUUCUUUGAGUUUUUACCAGAAACAGUUUUAUUCAAGUUUUGGAUUCAGAUUGAAGGAGGUGAUCUCAACUUUUUUAUACCCGAAGUAUCCAGCUCGUUCAUUGCAGUGCAUUCUUUAUACAAGAAUGGAAAAGUGAGAAAUAGGGAUGGAAGCAUUACGUGGGAUUUAUCCUCAUUGAGUAAGGAUGAAUCCAAAAAUGAAAACAAAGGCCGUAGCAAAGUUAAGAAAUGGAGAAAUAUUUGUAAACCAAGUGAAUCAUGGAUUGAGUGCUGGUCAGUUCCUAUCUGUGCAGUAAGUAUUGCGUUCACAUACCACCCAAUGCCACCAUUAGGCCCUUCACCACAGGCUGAUGUUACCACGCCGGAAAAGGAAGAAAGUUUGUUAUCCCCGAUGAGAAUUCCAGGAGAUAAGGAAACUCCAAAAAAAUCAUCACCGGCAAACUUAAUGGGUGCAGAUUUUGAUCCAUUGUCCCUUUCUCCAGAUCAUGUACAUGUAGAAUGUGAAGUUGGGCCUUCUGUCCUCAUCUUGUACGGAUCUCUAUUAAAAAUUAUAAUAAAUCUUAAGGAAAAUAUAUUUGGAGAUUAUCAAGACUUUAUAGAUAUGGAAAAGUUGAAAUGUGGAACUGGUCUAUUUGGAUUCAAAAUACCUGCGAAUGCUGCUGGCGGAGACAAAAUUGGAUCCAUGGAUAAAACUGAUCCAAGAGAAUAUCGACCCCUUGAUGUAUCUGUAUCUGCAACGUUACAUGACAUCCGAGGGCAUUUAUUGAAAAAUUGCAAUGAAGCAGAUCCACCUUGUCCAACCAUUUGCGUUGAACGCUUUGGGUUUGAAAUGGAUAAGAAAUAUCGAGGGACAAUUCUGCAAGUCUUGCUGUCGCCAAUAAUGCUCUUAGUUAGUGACACUGUGGAUCGUUACGAUACUUCAGAUCAGCACUUGAAAGAGGGAUAUUUGAUGCUCUCGGGGUUACAGGUUCGCGGACAUGCCAUGUUUAGUAAUGAAGGUCGUAGUUUAGACCAGGAGACGCUAGAAUAUGCUUGGUUAAUCGAAGUUCAACUUGGGAAGCUUAGUGGCCGCCUUACCACUCCACAUGUGGAGAAUAUCAUUAGCAGUUGUGAAGCUUUUUUAUUGACCGUUUUGGAUGAGGAAAACUCGUUACGUUCCCCGCACUCGUUUCUAAUUUGUCAUCACGGAAAUAAUCAAUUUGAGUGUCCUUCUCUCCUAAUGGAAGAAAGCCAUACUUUUGGAACUGCGGAGGAUCUGAAAAGCGAAACAUUCACCCCUUCUGUCAAAAGCCCAAGCCAGUACGAGCUUGAAUUUGAAUCUCCAAAACCUUCAGUCAUCAACGUGUGUCCAACUUCUGAGGACAUCAAGUACAAAUUGGUUCGUCUUAGUUUUGAUGCAAUUGAUGUCUAUCUUGUCGAAAAUGGGACAGCUUUGAGUUUAUGGGUGUCACCUAUUCGGUUCGCAUUAUGUAACUUGCACGGAUCAUUUAUGAAGGAAGGGUUCUCACUUCUCAUUCCCACUAUUCAGCUGCGGCAUUUUGUUAUGGUUAAUCCGUCAUUCACCAAACGUUUUCAAUUUUCGGAUCUCAACAUUUUGCAGUCUUCUACCGAGACAAUGACAGCAAGUUGGACGUCAAAAAUGGAACUCAACACAUCAGCUCCUCAAAGUCCAACAUCUACCAGCGCUAGCUCUUGGUCUUACUUGUGGUUGGAAGCUGGUGCAAUUGCGUUGGGUCCUUUGACAAUAGAAAUGGCAAUGAAAGGAAAUUCUAGAUCAUUGUCCACACAAAAUAUAUUUUUAGUAAGGCAUGACAAAAAGACUAAACGAUUAUGGUUCUUGUGGAGGCCGGAACCAAGUUCUGAACCAAAGCCUUCAUCCGACAAGGAUUAUAUGGAUAAAGGUGUUAAGAAAUGUGGUUGUGUGGGUGGUUGUGCCUUCUUCGGGAGCAACGUUGGAGGAUCCAGAUUCUUCUGGCCUAGCAAGAAGGAUUGGAUUGAUGGCGUGAACGUUGCCUGUUUUAGAGUUAAUAAACCUGGCGAAGAUUUCGGCUUUGGUCAAAGUAUUCUAAAAGCAUCCGUUCUCAUGUUUGACACUCCCCCCUACACAACUCAACAGGGGGUCACAAUUCUUGAAUUGCCGACAGAAUGGUCAAGAGAUGCACCUCCAAAAACGGGGAAAGCUGCUUCUCAUUACGUCUUUAAACCAUCUCUCCUCGCUGAUCUGAGCCACAAUUCAUCCUCCGUCCCUUCAAAUCGGUCUGAAAAAAUGAACACUUUGGGCUCUACCUUUCAAUCUGGCAAAGGACGAAGAUCAUCUGCAACAAACCAGAUGUUAAAACGACAACGGAGAAUAAGCGAUGAUCCUCAAGGAAGUAACACUAAACUUGAGGAAAACGAGUUAAGAGUUACUUCUUUGCUGGAAGAUGAAACGGUAGUGGGAAGAACUUCCUCAUCUUGUUCAGACACACGACCUGGUGUCGAUUAUUUCCAAUCCUUCGAAGAAGAUGAACCUACCGAAGUUCGUGUCAAUAUUGAAGGAAGCUCAACGCACAAAUCUCAAGCUUCUUCCAAAAAAAUUAACAUGGACCAUGGUGACGAUACAUUGAAAAAGCCUUGGCAUCAUGGAAGUAUUUCAUCUCUGGACUCUUUGUCAGAUCUUUCCUUCAUUUCUGCCCUAUCCGUACAAGAGGAAUGUAUGGUUAAUCUUCAAAUGCAUCUCAACAAACCGAUUACUGAGUCAUCAUUAUUAAUGCCUUGUUAUAUGAGCCAUUUGACUCAACUCAAAUGUGACAAUUGGCAUGCAACAGCCCCCGCUGUAGUAUCCGACUCCAUCGGCCCAGCCCCAUUUAUUCAAAUGCAAGAUGGGAAACUAAUUUAUGCAGGGUCAAAGUACACUCCGUACUUUGAACCACUUGUGGAUGGCUUCACCACUCUUGCAAUGACGAGUUUAGGAACUUAUACCGAGGGAUCAAAAUCUACUCCUUCUCAGUCUUCUUGUGCUAACACGCCAUCUCAAACGCACUUUUGGGAAACACCAAUUGGAGGAGUUUCGAAUUUUACGAUGUUGGAAAAUAAUAAAGAUCCGGCUGGUGAUGAUGAUUUUUAUCGAACCCUACUGUGUUCAGAUACGGAUAGAGUGACCACAAACGUAUCCACUGACUCUACGACAAUCAUUGUGAGAACGAAGAAUGAUAUCAAUAUAAUGGUUUCGCCCAUGCUGUUAGAAGCUCUGAAACGGUUCAUUGAAGCAAUAACACCAACAUUGUCCUCACUUCACCCACUGACUGUGGUCAACCAUCUGCACAAUGACUGCAUUUCUAGGGUGGAAAAAGCUAACAUACUCAAAAAAGUAAAAUCUGCCAUACUCUCAAAGAUUCAUACUAGUAAGCGUAAUACUGCAAUAAGAACGGAGGAAACGGCAAGUCCAGAACAUUCCAAUUUAUAUGAAGAAAUCAGUCAAUCUGCAAUUCAGGGUUCAAUUCUUUUACCAAAAAUUAAUGUCACCCUGUUGCAAGCAAGUGUUGUGGAAGAAGUAAUCUCAUUCUCUGCCUUGGAUAAUAUUCGAGACUUGAUGUGUGUUUCUCUUUUGGCUGUUGCCAUUGAAAAGACUCAUAUUCAUUUUCUUCACCGGAAACAAAUUAAAAAAUCUGUACAAGUGCUUCAAAGACCAACGAUCCUUCCAAAAAUGCAAAAGAAGCGUAAAAGCAAAGUUUCAACGAGUGAUUCACUAAUCGCGGAACCAGUGUUUCUGGAAAAUUCUGAAACUCAAAGUGAGCUUUUAUCCGCUUCGUUUGAUAUUCACAGAAUACAUGGCCAGCUUCGAAGGCUGAAAAAUGAUAGUUCCAUUUUGAAAGAAGCCGUGAUAACUGCAAUACCAAAUCAAUGUACCAAAGUACUAUUUAAAUUCGCCAAACUUCCAAUUGGUCCCCUAGACCUGAAAGACAGCUCCUGUUCAGACUCAUCCCACAACAUUGCUUCCUUUUCUGGAGCAGGAGAUGAAUUAAAAAAUGACGAGAAGAUGUCAACUUCCCACUCACAUUCCACAUACUCUUCUCAAAAUCAGCCACAGCACCAGACUAGAUGUCCGGAUGAGAAACUGGGAUUUAUAAUGUUUGAAUGUGGUCUAGAGGGCAUUUCUUUGAAAGGGGUCAAAAACUCUGAAGCUGUACCAAAAUCGAACGAUAAAGAAGAAACUAUUAGCGUCACAAUUUGCAACGAAGUUGCAAGUCAUCGAGCAUCAUCGCCAAAUCUGGCUUCCGAAACUUGCGAGUCUGACCGAGAUACAACAAUAAUGUGCCCGCUUCAGAGCAAAGACGAUAUUACUACGACAGCCAUUGGAGAUGGUGUCCCGCCUGCUACUACGUUACCACAACCCACCAUCGUAGAACCUGACGCGGUGGAUGGUGCAGGAAGUAGUAAGGGAAUGGGGAAUGAGUUGAUGAAAACGGGUGGUGCUGCAAGUGUGUCGUGCGUUAUCGAAUUCAAAGUUAUGUGGUACAACUUUGCUGCUCCACCACAAACACCAAUCACGCGAAAAAUUGAUUAUACUAGAGUGGACUGGAACUUGGUGAGCACGGCUUCCACUGCUAUUAACGCUUGGCUCAAUCCCAUCGAUCAACUGACGAUUGCAAUAGUGGCAAUGAUAAAAGGACAUUCAAAGAGAAGCUCUGGCCUACUGGCAUCGUUAAUGGCGGAAGCGUUAGACUGCCAAAGUAUUCAUCAGCCGAUACGGAGUAAGUAUAGCAAAUUGACGCCACUGGCAAAAACGUUACAAGAAGAUCCCUCUUGUCAACUAUGUAUCGUUCUACAACGUUACAUUCGUCAAACGGAAAUGAAACAGAUCGAAGCAAACAUGAGCGAACAAAAACUCCCCCCAUUAUCUACAUUAAGACAAGGAGUCAUUGUGUUAAGCAGACAAUGGAAGAAUGUGCUGUACACUCCUUUGCUGUUGGAACAUAAUCUAAAAUCACGAAAGUCCAAAAAUUUCACUGUGACUUUCACACUUCCUCAGAGUGACGAGGAAAGCCCUGGUUCCGAUGCAGAAAUGUCAGUAGAAGAAACUACGGAUGAACGUGCCACACUUCUUGACACUGAGGGUGGAACUUCAUCUUUACAAUCCAUGCGAUUCAACAAGCAAUCAAAAGGUAGCAGUUGUUCGUCUACAAGUGACAUGUCUGGAGAAAACAAGAAAACUUUGCCAUCACAACCUGUUCCAAAUUCAACCAGAGCGAGCGACGUAUAUCCUUUGACAAAAAACUUCAAUGUAAACUCCUUAUUUGCUACUGAAAGUGCUGCAAGAGAGAAAAGAUCUGGCUCCAUCGCAAGCGUCCUGACUGGCAACUGGUCGAUGAGUAGUGCGGAGAAUGACAAUGACAAUAAAGGAGAGUCUGGAAGUACUCCUGGUGCGAAGCGAAAAAAUCGGUCCAACAUUGUUCGCCAAGUAAAUGAUUGGACAACUUCCAAUGAAGCUGCUGCAAAUUAUAAUACUCCCCGACUAAGCGCCAUGAUGUCUGAACAAAGUCAUGAAGAGAGCUUAUUACUCGGAACUCAUUCUAAAUUUCCACAACAUCCCUCCCUCAUGUUAUUAGACGCACAUGUAAUUUUCCAACCUUUGCUGACCAGCUUGGGCCUCAUGCCGCACCAAAUUAUGGGAUACUCUUUAGACCACCUUGGAUCACACAUGUCCAUCAAAGCUUCCAUUGACACAUUACGGGUUGAUAUUGUGGAAAGUGAGGUAAAGGGAGUUGGAAGAGGAAGCUUAAAGGGUGGAAAAAUUCCAACAUUUGUCCUCAACAUUUCACCAGAAACUCCUGCAUUCCUUUGUGAAAAAAUUGGACUCGAGGGCGACUUUCAAAAGUCUACGGAUUUGUCUCGAGAAGUUAUCAACAAAAAGAGUGUUAUCUAUCUUUCAAGAAACUAUUGGAAGAAACAAGCCAAAAGUGCCGUUAUUUUCAGUUUGAAUAUUGAUUACAUUUCGCAACAGGUAAACAUGCCAUUGUUGAGGCUGCUUCAUCAAAUAACGACCAUGUACCAAAAUGUUCGCGAGACUCAAAUGGAACUAAGGGAACAACGACCAAGUGAAAAUAUAGAAGAAACAAAAGUGCGCAAAAAUAGUUCCUCUGGUUCCGGGUCCGACAUUCCAGAACAACAGAAUGCCAAAGCUUCCAAACUUGUGGAUACAGAUAAACUUGCAGUUCCAGACGAGAAGGAAUAUUCCGUGUCACCAACGGCUGCAGCCUCAAAUACUCUAAACACUUCCAGUUCGUCUACAAAAGGUUCUGCAAUUGCAAUUAGGACUCAGAGUUUUGCUCAACGAUUCAAAUCCAGUGCAAUGGCUGUAAGAGGAAGCAAACAAAAUAUGGAUAUAGUUGUGAGAACUUCCAGUGCUUCACAAACCCCUACAUCUCUCCGUGGUCCCGAGUUUCCAGAACCCAAGCCGGAGCCUCCACCUGUAACACCAGUACCGGAAGUCGUAGUGACUGCCGUUCAUCCCAAUUGUUGGAGAACAAUAUACUAUUUGCUGGAUCUUUAUGCCACUCGGCCUGAAACCAAAACAAUCAUUAAUAAUAGACCUCAAGUACUCCACGAUACGACAGAUCCAUAUCAUUUGAAACCACCUAAUCGACUGUCUUCUACAAAAGUGGAAGGCGUAGGAAAGGACCAUUUGGAUGAUGCGGAGAAAGGUCAAGCACAAAGCCAGGAACCAGCAUCAGCAGUGAUUCUUCCCACCUCAUAUGCUACCAGUUCACUAGAAAAACAAAAAGACCUGAGUGUAGAACCUCCUAGAUUCUCCAUUUUUGUGGUGGCCAGAAUUCAACGAACUAGAUUACUGGCUUCACUCAGUGGACUCAAAUUGGAGGCUGAAAUUAUGAACCUUCAAGCAACUUCGUCAUAUAAUAGGAAACUGCGACCAAUCGCAGUGGACAUGUCACUCACAGGGCAUGUGGGUCAAGCCCUAAUUGUUCUGCUAGAAGGAAUUGCUCCAAACCAACAAACUGUUGUACGAGUUUCUAUCGCCAAAUCUGCUGCUCUUUACUCUGGUUUUAGCCGAAGGACAAAAGAUCGUAAUUCAGGACUCUUGAACGUUGGCCCAGUACAUAUCGACAUUCCUCAACAUCCAGUGGUAUUGCAUGGAAUGAUGACCAGAAGUACAAAACAGUUGUCCAGCACUUUACAAGAAUUCCGGGUGAAUAGAACAGCUAGCAGAAUAUCGAGAGGAACCACAUUUGAUGAGACAGACUUUGCUGCUCAUCUUCCACACUUGCCUCAACACACAGUACCUGAAACUAUUCCAGAAAAACCUCGCAAAGCUUCAGACACUGCUUUCUUCCAACCAUUGCAAAUGCAAUUCUCCGUGACCCUUGACAGUUUGAGCAUAACUGCUUCAUUGCUGCCUUCGUUACAAGCGCAGUACAAAAUGGAGAAGGUCAAAAGCUGUGGCGUUACCGGAAGUAAGGCCAAAUUCCAAAUAAAUUUACCUGGCCAUAAUCUCAGCUUUACAACAAAAAUUACGGUCUCCGAGGCAAAUCUUCCAUCCGCAGCUAGCAUAGCACUCCCACAUAUUGAUGUGACUGCUGAAUACAUACAAGAUGGUGUCAAAGGCCCAUCAGAUGCUCAAAUCUUGGACGGGGUAGUUUUGCGUCAUGGAAGUUAUUUGAGUGCAUCUGCAAACAUUGGCUCUUUUGAACACUGUCUCACCACUGAUUUGUUAAAUCAUUUGCUAUUUGUGCAGAAAGUGUUCAUGAAAGAAGUGAAUGAAGUCGUUCUUAAAAUGUCGGGAGGAGACAAACCAGUACCAUUGUGGGAAGAUGAAGGGUCCAGCUCCCUUGGAAGUCUCCUUUUUACUCUUGCAGUUCGCCUGAACGGAAUCCAAAUCACAGCCACAACUCCAACGAAUACGGCAGUUCGGCUGGAAACGGGCGAACUUGAGUUUCAAAUGUCAAACAGAGUUCAAGGAAUGUCCACAUCAAAGGCGACGACAAACACAACAUCAAAUCCAAUGAAUACAUCCACGGGAUCAACAACAGCAAGACAAGCAGCCACUUUCAACAAUAAAGUUUUUGUUAAAGCUCAAGUUGAUGUGAACUUGAGUCUUGGACAAUUGAUCAGAAAUGUCGUGUUUGAAGAAGCAGAAUCUGAGUAUCAACAAUAUGCCUUUUUUAAGACUCGAAUUGCUUUACGCAACGCCCUUUCUGAUGAAAUCAGUGGAGCUGAUGCUGACAAAGAAGUUGUACUAAUCACACUUACUCGACCUCUAAUAUAUGUUCAACCAGUCGCAGUCGACAAAGCUAUUCUCGUUUGGCUCAAUUAUAAAAGUGCAUAUGAAUACUGGAACGAACAAAGGAGUUCGCUAAAUACUGAAGUUUUAGCGGCUAUGCCCUCACAUUGGCAACACGAACGACCCACGAUUCCAAGUUUACACGAACAAUCAAGUACUCUGUUUCUUCAACUCACUGUAGACGACAUGGGUGUCUCCAUUCCAUUGAAUCCCUCUCCACAUGCCUGGACGGGAAGAGCAGAAACUGACAAUCGAGGCGCAGUUGUUCUCACCUUAGAAAGCACAAGUAUUUCGGCCUGUAGUUCAGGUUCUCUCGUUAGCAAUGGGAAAUUUACAGGGCUCUGUUUCCGUUUUACGGACGACAUGGUGUCGAUGGAUGAUUGGAAACCCAACUUUCAUGAUCCAGCAGUAAUGAAUUUUUGCGUCGUUUCUGAAGGAACAUAUGAAGUUUGCUCAAAAACUACAUCACAACAUCAGCAGCAUGAUAACGCAAAUGCCAAAUGGUUUUUAAACGUAAAAUGGCAAAUGGAGGGUGUUGAUAUGCAUGUCGAUGUUAACGUUGGAAAGCAGCUAUCCGCUCUGGGUCAUACAUUAACCACUUUGGCCGCGUUUGAAGAAGAUGAAGACGAGGAAAAUUCUGAACGGGAAAAUAUCUUUAAUAACGACGAUGCCACAGAAUAUUCUGGUGGGAUGUCAACACCUGGUCGUUCUAUAUCUCAAGAAUCUGUCGUAGUCCUUCGUCGACAAAAAUCAACAGUUGGUGAAAACCUUCCAAGUUUCCUAACCGAUCCAAGUUUGGGUCCCAGACAGAAGAGAAGUCUUUUAGAAAAGGAGAUGCAGGAAAGGGUGAAUUUGAUUGAAGAAUUACAAAAGUCGGGAGCUUCGACAUCAAGAAUUGAAGAAGAGCGUAGGCGUUUGCAAGAGCUGGAGAACUUUGCAUUUAGGGAUUUUAGACGUGAUUGGAUUAAGAAACUGCGCCGACAAAGUACUCGAGCUUCAAGCAAAUUCGGUCUUGGAUCUACAAAACCAUUACAAAUGAGAUCCAAGUCGCUAGCAAUGCCUACACCAGAGUCAGAAAAGAAAUUCGAUGUCGGAAGCCCUGUCGAAUCGGCUUCUCCUCCAAGUACAGAGAGUUCACCUCCACGUGACGGACCCUCACGUGGAGGUUCCCUUCGUUUUAGAACUAAGCAAAGGGUUACGUUCGGAGAAACCCAGCGACAGUUUUCCGUGGAUAGUGCAAAUCUUACGACUCCAGAUGAAGAAGAGUACGCAGGAGUGUGGCUUGACAAUACUGAUGGAAACAGUUUGGAUGGCAGAGAUGUCAGUGGUCAUAUGACUCCAGGCAGUUCCGUGUCCCACAAGGCGCUAGAACCCAAUGUCGAUUUGGAGUUGGACGUCAAAGUGUUCAUCAACAGUGGGAAAUGUGUUUUACAUACAAAACCUAAAGAUGAGGAUUCGGAAUCUCGGACUGGAAGAAAACGUAGUGAGCGAAGUGGUUCUGGAUUUGACUCGGGAUUACACAUUAGUAGUCCUCUGUCCUCUAGAAAAAUGCGUCAAAAUGUUUCGCAAACCAGAAUCAAAUCUCCAUUUGGAAAUAUGACGGGGCAAACGGACGUUACAGUAUUUCACAUUCCGGGACUAGAUGUCAAAGUUCAUUAUGACUCCCACAUUCUAUACGAAGAAAAAGAAAAGGACAUCUUGCUUAGCUCCCUAAACCGUCCAACACACGAGCGUUCAGAUUCAGGGAGUAGUAGUGGAACUUUGGGUGGUUUUAAUACUGGUGGAAUUAAAAAAUGUGGAAUCAAGAAGGCAUCACUCUUUGCCUGGAUCACUCUACAUUCCGUUCCGGAAGAGACAAUAAUUAGUCCACAUAUUUUGGACUUUCUUGAACAAACACUAGAACCCAUUCCUAUCCCCGUUAGUCAAAAAAGUUUUGAUGGGAACAGUAUGGCUGACGGAGCAAGUGGUGUUGCAAGCACGUAUUAUGCAUCAUUCCCUGUCGACGUCGUUGUCUACUUUCAUAUGCAACCUUCAACAUUCCGAUUUUCCUGCCAGCCAAUCUCCAGAGUUGAAUGCAUGCUAAGGUUACCCUCGCUAGACAUUGUAUUUUCGUCUAAACGAGCGGAAGAAGAUGCAGACACGUUCUGUGGGUCUGCAAGUGUAGCUGCUGCUGCAGCGGCGGCGGCGGCUGCAAGUUCUGCUGCCAGUUCGAAACCACGAACGUGGAAAUCAUCCUCCGAUUUUGGUGGUGUCAAAGAAAAGGAAAGUCAACAGCUCGCUGUCGGAGGACUUAGUGUGACCGGCUGUUUGUCUGACUUUUCAGUCUAUAUUUUCCAUCCAUAUGGUGCGGCGAAACGACAAGGAGAAUGGAGCCCACUGACUGACAACGAAAGAAAAGAUUCUGUUAGCAUGAACGUUGAAUUUGUGAAGCUGCAUUUAUCACGAACCAGGAAAAUUCAUGUAACUGUGCCCAAUCCCAGCACCUCGGACAGUCGUAUAUUCCAUCAAGUUAAUAAUGACAAUCAACAAGCUGCAAUUCGAUUUUCAAGUAUCGUUGACAUUGGGUCGGCUUCUUUCAAAUACGAUAUGCGCCGUUUGACUGAAAUCCUAGCUUUUCCAAAGGCUUGGUAUCGCCGGUCAAUUGUUCGUCGUUUAUUUCUAGGAGACUUGUCAACUGCCUCAGUGUAUGGCGACGAUGCAUCUCUUGAAACGGGGACUGGUGGAACUGGGGUCUCAAACUCGGGGAACAGUAGUCCUGUAUUUCCUCAUAAAGGCGAGGAUAGACGCAAUUCCAUUACGUUUGGAAUGAAUCCUUCACAGCGAGAAAAAUUACGACUAAAUUUUGACAAUGAAAAAGAACGUAGAAGAGGAAGUAAAUUAGAUUUUAUAGGUUCCAAUAGAUCCCGUGGCCAUACUGAUGCUGAUUCCAAAGAACUUUCAAGUGGAAUUUCAUAUUGGGAAACACUUGUUUUGUUUACAGUUAACUUUACGAAACUAAAUGUUCACAUGAACAUGGGGAACGUUAUGGGAAAUGUUUAUUCAAUAGUUAGCGGUGCAAAAUCUGAUGGAAGAAUCUCCAUUGGAAGCACUGGUCAUAAGAACGUGUACGUUGCCAUCGGAGUAGAUUCUUCCUUUAUUGACGCUAAAGGUGGCAUUGUUGCUGGAACAUUUGAGCUGACGCAACUGAGCACUUUCGGUCGUGUUAAGGAAGACCCAGGAGUGGAACCACAUCACAAUAUCGGACUCAAAAUGUAUGGAAUGGAACUUCGACUUGAUUUCAUGGGUACGAGCGCUUUGAUGGGGCGCGUGAGUGGGUUAGAGGUUAAUCUCAAGGACGAAUGGCAUGUGAGAACUGGCCACAGGACACCGAAGGAUGUUGCACUGGCCACUUACAGACCUGCAAUGGUUUUCAUUCAUGGUGACAUGACCUGGGAUCAACUGCAAUUAAUGAUUUCUAAAUCUACAACAGUUGACUUGCUGAAGAUGCAUUGCAAGUUAGAAGAAUUCUUCAGUCAGCAGUUUAAGAGCAGUAAAUAUGUAUUUUCUACGCUACAAGUCCAAGAAAAUACGUCUUUGACUCCAUCACUUGCUCGAAAGUCUCAACGAAAGUUACCAGAAGGUAUCGCUCGUCAGACUAAAAGUAAACUUUUAUAUAAGUCAUUAGAUAAUGUGAUAUUAUUUUUAGGUGGAAUGUGGGAAGAAUUAAAGCAUCAUCGUCACUGGCAAGAGGUUUUGAGUAAAGUUUCUCACAUGGCGAUAAGUUCAAUGCCAAUCCCUCUUCCGGAAAGUGGAACAGUGCUUGGAGGAACAAUGGAUCUUCACGGAAACAACAUUUCUCUAGCGUGCUUCCACGGAAUCAAUUUCAAAGCAAAAUCUUGGGCAUUGUUCAGCUUGAAAGAACCGUUGAUAUCUUUCUCCACAGAGGCACAAGAAACACAUUCGUCUUCAGACGUGGGAUCCGUUCAUGUUGUUCAAAAUCUCAACUUUUCACUAGGACAGCAAAACCAGCACGCUUUGACGAUUAGCAGUGUGCAACAUGAGAGUAUGGCGAUGAUCUGCAAAAUUACUAGAAAUGUAAUGUUUCCUCCACAAUUCCGAACGUUGCAUGAAUGGUUUCAUUAUGCUUUUGCACCAAGUGAAAUUGAUGAUGUGCAGAGAUUUCCAAGCUUGGAGAAAGAGCGAGAACGCUUAGAACGUGAGCGUGCAGAUUCUGGUGGAUCUGAACGCAGGGCCCCCGCAAGACUUCACGAUCCUAAUCACAACAGAGAAGUAAUUUUUGCACUACCAAGUUUGGAAUUAUUCUUUAAAACGGAACAUCUACAAGCUUGCAAAACACCAGACUCAGGAGGUACUAGACCGGUUGUGGAAUGCAGUUUUAUCACGGAAUUCGGAGACCAUAUUUUUGUAACUGUGGAUGCGGAAGCUUUCUUUUUCUUGCAUGAUUUGAUUACAUCCUACGUUAAAGAGAAGGAGAAACUGGUAUCUGCCCAGUUGGCUGCAGGGCGAAGCCAGAGCCCCUCUGUCCGUGUCGAAGAUACUGACGGGUCAAGUCAUACCUCCACCCCACCACCACCCACUUCCUCCUCCGCCUCCAAAGACUCUAGCCAUUCCAACUCCAGCACAGGAGAUACUUCCAACUUAUUGUUCAACUCGAUUGAUGAUGAAUCUGCACUUCAGCGUGAUUGGCGAGAUUACCUCUGCAAAACUUGGCAACUUGAACCUACCGUUCGUCUCUUGUCCUGGGCUGGGAAGAGCAUCGAACCAUAUGGAGUUGAUUAUAUUCUUCACAAACUAGGAUUUUCCCAUGCUCGUAUCACAAUUCCAAAGUGGAUGCAACGAGGAUUUUGCGACCCUCUCGACAAAGUGUUAUCAGUCCUUAUAUUUAGGAUGAUUGACAUUGCCAAACGUGAAAGUCAGCCCCCAUCCCAUCGAGAAGGGACACCACGACAUUGACAAUUCUGAUAAUCUACAAGAAACUUACCAUACUCUGAAGCAAUAUCCUUUUAUCCAAUUCUACAUAAUAAGUAGUAACAAACGUAACGAGUCAAUAACAAAUAGACUUUUUGAUAUUAACUGUGGUGCUGUUAAAGUGAGCAUUUGAAAUAUUUUUGUUCUUUUUAAGAUUGUUCGUAUCGUGUUAGUAUUACUAGAUAUACAAAUGUGCUAAUUCCUUAUUGUAACCCUUGAUUGUGAUGUAAUAGAUAUAUAAAUAGACAACAAAACCAGGUUGCUGUAAGUUUGGAAUUACAACUGCAGCAGCAUUAGUUAGCGACAGGGAGGAAAUCUUAUUAUAUAGUCAUUACGCAAAUAUGAAAAGUGACAAUACCUUAAACUACGUCAACCUUCCAUUCACUCAAACUGGAAAUCAAACUGACAACACAUUUCUAAAUCAUAAUGAUAACGCUACCCGUUUAUAAGUAUAGCAUGUAAGUUUUAUUGCACGCUUCACGCACCUUCCUGCCUUAAAACUCUCAAAAAGUGCUUUACUUAUUUUAUCUACACUUGAGUGAGCUAUUUUAUACGUAGGCGGAAGAAGUAGCACAAAAAUACCAGGAUUAUUUUCGGUUAGCACACAAAUUAGUCGUAUUCGUGAUUGUUGUUGUAAACCUAACAAUUAACUUCACAUUACAACGUGAUCUUGUUAUAGAAUCAAAGAAGAGUUAGUUGAAGAAAUCAUGGGAAAGUAUUUAUACGUUUUUAACCUGCAUUCACACGCAUCAACAUCAUCUUAUACAACAUUAAUUAUAUGUUAUGCAAUGCUUUCAUAAAUACUUUUACCAAUCAAUGAAAAAUAUAUACGUAUAAAACUAAAUUGCUUAAAAGCACUUGAACUGUUAAAAUUUAGUGAUUAUUAUCAUUGUUUAAAAUUAAAAUAAUGACUGCUUAAGCCGGUCGUCUCGAAAAAUAUAGAUGUGUAGUGUAGUAUUUCCUGAUUCAAUAAAUGAUCAAUAAGUGACAUGUACUAAAAAAA